CGUCACGGCGUCACGCCCCUGAAAACCGAGAGCGGCGGCCGCAGUCCCCGCCGCAGCGCGGUACCGGAGCCGAGCCGAGCCGAGCCGAGCCGAGCCGAGCCGAGCCGAGCCGAGCCGAGCCGAGCCGAGCCGAGCCGAGCCGAGCCGUGCCCCGCUUCGCCCGGUACCGCGGGCGGCCGCGGCCCGCUCCGCCGCUGCCGCCUCCGCCGCCUCCUUGCCCUCAGGAUGUCGGUGCUGGAGCCCGCCGGCGGCGAGGAGCUGAAGCAGGCCAAGGAGGUGGAGGACGCCGAGAAGUUUUCCUUCAUGGCCACCGUCACCAAGGCCCCCAAGAAGCAAAUCCAGUUUGCAGAUGACAUGCAGGAGUUCACCAAGUUCCCAACCAAGACGGGCCGGCGCUCUCUGUCCCGCUCCAUCUCCCAGUCUUCCACUGACAGCUAUAGCUCUGCUGCCUCCUACACGGACAGCUCUGAUGACGAGGUGUCCCCCCGAGAGAAGCAGCAAACCAACUCCAAAGGCAGCAGCAACUUCUGUGUGAAGAACAUCAAACAGGCAGAGUUUGGGCGCCGGGAGAUCGAGAUCGCUGAGCAAGACAUGUCUGCUCUCAUCUCCCUCAGGAAACGAGCUCAAGGAGAGAAGCCUUUGGCUGGAGCUAAAAUCGUCGGCUGCACCCACAUCACAGCCCAGACUGCGGUGCUGAUCGAGACGCUGUGUGCGCUGGGAGCGCAGUGCCGCUGGUCCGCCUGUAACAUCUAUUCCACCCAGAACGAGGUGGCGGCCGCCCUGGCAGAAGCUGGUGUUGCUGUGUUUGCCUGGAAGGGGGAGUCGGAGGAUGACUUCUGGUGGUGCAUUGACCGCUGUGUUAACAUAGAUGGCUGGCAGGCCAACAUGAUCCUGGAUGAUGGCGGGGACCUGACCCAUUGGGUUUAUAAGAAAUACCCCAGUGUCUUCAAGAAGAUCCGAGGGAUUGUGGAGGAGAGCGUGACCGGCGUGCACAGGCUGUACCAGCUCUCCAAGGCUGGGAAGUUGUGUGUCCCAGCCAUGAACGUGAACGACUCUGUGACCAAGCAGAAGUUUGAUAACCUGUACUGCUGCCGGGAGUCCAUCCUGGACGGCCUGAAGAGGACCACGGAUGUGAUGUUUGGAGGGAAGCAAGUGGUGGUUUGUGGUUAUGGGGAGGUCGGCAAAGGCUGCUGCGCUGCUCUGAAAGCCCUGGGAGCCAUCGUCUACGUCACGGAGAUCGACCCCAUCUGCGCGCUCCAGGCCUGCAUGGAUGGAUUUCGGGUGGUGAAGCUGAGUGAAGUGAUCCGUCAGGUGGAUGUUGUCAUCACCUGCACAGGAAACAAGAACGUGGUGACCAGGGAGCACCUGGACCGGAUGAAGAACAGUUGCAUCGUGUGCAACAUGGGUCACUCCAACACAGAGAUCGAUGUGACCAGCCUCCGGACCCCGGAGCUCACGUGGGAGCGGGUCCGUUCCCAGGUGGAUCACGUCAUCUGGCCGGAUGGGAAGCGGGUGGUGCUGCUGGCUGAGGGCCGGCUUCUGAACCUGAGCUGCUCCACGGUCCCCACCUUCGUGCUCUCCAUCACGGCCACCACUCAGGCUCUGGCUCUGAUUGAGCUCUACAACGCUCCCGAGGGCCGUUACAAGCAGGACGUGUACCUGCUGCCCAAGAAGAUGGAUGAGUACGUUGCCAGCUUGCACCUGCCUUCCUUUGAUGCCCACCUGACAGAGCUGACGGACGAUCAGGCCAAAUACCUGGGACUCAACAAGAACGGGCCUUUCAAACCCAAUUACUACAGAUACUGAUGGACCAUGCAGGAAGGACCAGACCACACAAGGCAACAUUAGAGAGAUUAUUUUUAAAGAUCAUUUUUAUUUGGGUUUACUUUUCCCUUUUUGUUUAUUUUUAACCAACAAAAGAACCUGGUUUUACAUUGA